AUUUCAGUUUAGACGUACGUUCAUUUAGAGCACAGGCACAGUUUUUCAAAUAUUUUACAAUUUGUAGUAAAUAGUGAAAAUUUAUGGUUACAAUUAUGGCAAAUCAACCGCUUAACAUUGUUGUUAAGCAGCUGGUGCAGUGCCUGAAGCGAUGCAACGAGCCAGUCUCAGUCGAUGGACUACUCAGGUUCUCCAACAUUACCGUCAAGGAUCCACACGCCUUUAAGAAAAAGCUCCGAGUGCUGUUGGGCAUCGCGGUGCGGCUCGGACUUGUCGAGGAGUACAACAAUCACUUCUAUGCAACGACCCAUGUGGAGGAUAUACUGCCGCUUCUCACCGAGGACACGGGCAGCGACAUUUCGAUUAUCAGCUCGGAGGAGACGUUCGAAGAGGCGGCUGGCCUGUUGGCCCUGGAUACUGGCCUGGGCCUGGAGCCAGAUCCAAGCGAGAGCGAGCAGAACGACUCAGCUGUUAACGUCAAGCCGAAUACCCAAUGAUCCACAUUCAAAAUGCUAUUCUUUUAUAAAAUACAAAAUAGGAAUAGCCCACAUACCAAAACAUAAAAGGAACUAAAGGGAAAAAAAUACGUUAACGAUUCUGGCUCUGGCUCUGGGGGAGACGAGCCUUGCGCGGGAGAAGAGUCUUUUAGAAGCUCUGAGACGAAUUGGGGAUGACAAAGGAAUGCGCAUUUCAACUAAAUUAUCUUUAAAGUAAAAAAAAAAGAAUAAAUAUACAAGCUGGUUAGUUUAUUUCA